CCGGGUUACGUUGGUUUAAUUGACUUGAAUCCACCUGCUCGUGAGAUCAAUGAUAAGUUUCUACAUUAAAUUAUCUUUCAUAAUUACUAUAAAGUCUCCACCACACCUAAGUAGUGUCCAUCCACCGUUCAUUCGUAGUACUGUUUUUCCUCAUCAGGGUCGCCGCGAUAGGUGUUGGUGCAGAGCCAAGUCCUGGGGCGGAACACCAUCACUCCUGAGGCAAAUUUUAAACGCUGAGCAGUUUGGAGAAAGAAGGCUGCCACUAGAGGCUGCACUCUGUGUGACACCAGUGCGCACAUCAAUGAAGAGAGAUGGAGAAACUAGCUGAGAAUACAAUGAAGAACGUGAUAAAAUAAGAUGGUGAGUUGGCAUCCAUCAGUCGGCCUCGGCGGGAGGGAGUGACAGAGUGAAGAGUUAAGUCGGAGUGAGCAUCUGACAGGCUGAGAGAGAGGGAGCGAGAGAGGAAGAGAGAGAGGGAACAGUUGGGGGGCGUUUCAGCUUCCCAGUGAGAGAGCAAGUGGAGCAGGUUGCUCUGCUCGUCCUCACGUUCUCCACUGCAGCUGAGCGGAUGAGAUGAGAGGGCACAUCUGAGCCCAGUGCAACCAGCGAGGACCAACACCACAACCACCAGAGGCGGCUGAGACCUCGACGAACACAGCUCCAUAUAAAAUAGCAAGCGGUCCCGGACUUGUGUGAACCAGCCACGGUUUGAAAGAGAGCGAGGACAGGUAGACGGCCGCCUGAAUUCGGAAGCUAUCGGCAAGUGACGGGCGAAACCUGGUUACGCCAACACCACAUACAAGAAGUCUGUUGUCGUGCUCAAGACAGCCGUACAGCAAAGGACUGGCAGCAAGACUCAGACACAAUACUUGAACUAAAGGUGUGAGUGGACUGGAGAGGUUUGUUCCCAGCAUGCCACUUGCCCUGAAGCACCACAAGGCCACUGUGCCAACACAGGGCUGGAUCCUGGCUUUUGCUCUUUUUCUGGCUCUACAGGGUGCUACUUAUGCUGCUCCCUCCGGAGACAACAAGCUGGUCCGGACGACCCGAGUGAGGAGACAGAUCCCAGAUGGAGAAACCUCCUCAGCUUCCUCACCCAACCAGACAAUGCAGGAGCAACCUCUGGUCUUCAACCAUGUCUACAACAUUAAUGUACCCGUGGAAUCGCUCUGCUCGGUCGACCUUGACACCGCUGCACCACCCGCCCCAGAGGAUGGCCCCCGUGCUGAGCUUGGGUCCCGAGCCUCUGUAGAGCGACCACUGGACCCAAUUGGACCGACAGAGUACACUGAACAGACGCUGGAUACAGACAGCCAGGUUACGUUCACUCACCGUAUCAACAUCCCCAAAGCGGCGUGUGGUUGUCCGGCGACUGUCACAAUCCAGCAGCUGGCCACCAGGGUGGAGAUGCUGGAGAGAGAGCUUUCAAUGCUCCGAGCUCAGUGUGGAUCAGGUUGCUGUAGGGAGAACCCAGCCAUGGGCCGUUUCGACUAUUUCCCGGGAUGCAAUGGCCACGGCAGCUUCAGCCCGGAGCUAUGUAGCUGCAUUUGUGACGAAGGCUGGACUGGCAAAAACUGCUCGGAUCCCCGUUGCCCUGACGACUGCUCCGGCCAGGGCGCGUGCAUCGAAGGGGAGUGCGUGUGCGACCGCGACUUCGCCGGGGAAAACUGCUCUGAGCCUCGGUGCCCGGCCGACUGCUCCGGCCGCGGUCUGUGCAUCGACGGGGAGUGCAUGUGCGAGGAUUCCUUCACCGGGGAGGACUGCAUGGUCGGGAGGUGUGUGAACGACUGCUCGGGCCAAGGGUUGUGCGUCAACGGAACGUGCCAGUGCCGACCCGGGUAUGUGGGGGAGGACUGCUCGCUGGUGUACUGCGCCAACAACUGCAGCCAGAAGGGAAUCUGCAAGGACGGAUUCUGUGUGUGCCAGGAUGGCUAUGCUGGAGAUGACUGCAACUCGGUUGCACCUGCCAUGAACCUGAAGGUCCGAGGUGUAACAGACAGAGACAUCGAACUGGAGUGGGAAGGUUCUGUGGUCCUGACGGAUUAUCUCGUGACCUACACACCAAGCAGCCCGGGAGGUGUCCAACUAGAAAUCCGGCUCCCGGGGAAUACCACAUCCUGCACUAUCUCAGACCUGGAUGCAGGCAUGGAGUACAACGUCAACAUGUUUGCUGUCAUUAAUAACAGCAUCAGUGUUCCUGCCAGCAUUACUGUCGCAACCUAUCUCUCCAAUCCAGAUGGUUUAGUCUUCAAAUCCAUUACAGAGACGUCAGUCGAGGUCCAGUGGCAACCUUCCUACUAUUCCUUCGAUGGCUGGGAGAUCAGCUUCAUCCCCAAGGACAAUGAUGGCGGGAUGACCGCCCAGCUGCCCAGCACCAUCACAUCCUUUUUACAAACUGGUCUGAGACCAGGCGAGGAGUACACAGUGAACCUGGUGGCGCUUAGGGAUCAGGGUCGCAGUCAGCCCUUUACCGCUGCCGUCACGACACUGAUCGACGGCCCCACUCAGCUGGUUGUGCGCGAUGUGUCUGACACGGUAGCGUUCCUAGAGUGGACCCCGCCGAAAGCCAAGAUUGAUCAGAUUGUGUUGCGUUACGGCCUCGUGGGAGGCGAGGGCCCACGCACUACCUUUCGCCUCCAGCCUACGCUCAGCCAGUAUACCCUGCAGGUCCUUCGUCCCGGUUCCCGUUACGAGGUGUCCGUGAGCGGAGUGAGGAACGGAAACGCGAGCAGUUCCAUUCCCAUUGAAUUUACAACUGCUUUAUCGUUCUUCUCAGAGAUCGACGCCCCCAAGAACUUGCGUCUCCUCUCCAAGACCUCCACCACCUUGGAGUUGGAAUGGGACAACAGCGAGGCGCAGGUGGAAGCCUACCAGGUGGUGUACAGCACACUGGCAGGUGAUCAAUACGAAAAAGUAAUUGUACCAAGAAAUGAGGGAGACACCACAAAGGCCACUCUCACCGACCUACUGCCUGGCACAGAGUACGGUAUUGGCAUUUCUGGCAUGAGAGGCAGUAACCAGAGCACAUCGGCCACUAUGAACGCCAGAACGGGUCUGGACGUGCCCAUGGAUCUAACUGUCACAGCGUCUACGGACAACACCAUCACCCUGGUGUGGGGCACGGUCCAGGGCCCCAUUGACUUCUACAAAGUCACCUAUACAUCAUCUUCAGGCGUGUCUACUGAGCUGACUGUCCCUAGAGAUGAAACCACUACCACUCUGACAGACCUGGAGCCGGGCACGGAAUACACUAUCACUGUGGCAGCCAAGAGAGGCAGACAGCAGAGCAACGUGGCUUCCAUAGAUGCCUUCACAGGGAUCAGGCCCGUUUCCCACCUCUACUUGUCUGAGGUGACUUCCGACUCAGUGCUGGUGGCAUGGAGCUCACCGGCACCGCCGGCUGACGUCUUCAUCCUCAGCUACAGCUCUGCUGAUGGCACCGACACCUCUAAGGUGACCCUGGACGGCUCCAAGACGAGGUCGCUAGUGCAAGGGCUGCUUCCGUCCACUCAGUACACCGUCAGCCUAAUCACAAUACAAGGGGACGUCACUUCUGAGCCUAUUACAGCAUCCCUUACGACAGGUAUGGACCCACCCAAGCAGAUGACGGUGACCGCCGUGGCUGAGGACAUAGUGACCAUUUCGUGGAUAAAACCCCUGGCUCCAUUUGAAUAUUAUAAGCUUUCCUACCAGUCAGCCAGAGGUCGAGUGGACAGCGUUGUGAUUGACAGCGAUGUGACCAACUACACCUUGUCCAGUCUGUUCCCCGCUACCGAGUAUGAGAUCAGUCUCAACGCGGUCAGGGGGAGCCAGGAGAGCAAAAUUGUCAGCGCCUCGGUUUUCACAGCCAUGGACAUGCCAUCAGAGUUGACUGCACUCAACAUUACUCCGCAAGGAGCCCUGCUGAGGUGGAACCCCCCUAUGUCCAACGUCGACAAUUACGUGCUGACUCUCACACAUGACCAGGUGACAGCAGAUACCUUCCUCGUGGAGGGCAACAAGCAGGAACAUCAGCUAUCCAACCUGAAGCCCAGCACCUCCUACUCGGUAGCCCUCUAUGCCACCAAGGGACCCCUCACCAGCGGCACUGUCAUCGCCAACCUCCAAACACCCAUGGACGCUCCUCUGAACCUGACAGCCAGCGAAGUGAAUCACCGCAGCGCUCUCAUCUCCUGGCAGCCGCCCAUCUCUGAAAUCGACAACUAUAUGCUCACCUACAAGUCACUGGAUGGCAACCGUAAAGAGUUGAUUCUCGACGCAGAGGACACGUGGAUUCGCCUGGAGGGUCUGCCCGAGACCACCGAGUUCACCGUCAAGCUGCAAGCAGCGAGGGGUCUGGACACCAGCGCUGUCGUCUCCACCACCUUCACCACAGGGAGUCGGCUGUUUGCGACGCCUCAGAAUUGCGCCCAGCACCUGCUGAACGGGGAGACGCUGAGCGGCGUCUACACCAUUUACAUCAACAGGGACCCCAGCCAGGGCGUGCAGGUGUACUGUGACAUGAGCACGGACGAAGGAGGCUGGAUUGUGUUUCAGCGACGUCAAAACGGCCUGACAGAUUUUUCCAGGAAGUGGAGUGACUACCGGGUCGGCUUUGGGAACCUGGAGGAUGAAUUCUGGUUGGGUUUGGACAACAUCCAGAGGGUCUCCGCUCAGGGCCGCUACGAGCUGAGGAUCGACAUGAAGGACGGGCAGGAGUCAGUCUAUGCCAAUUAUGAUAAAUUCUCCCUCGGAGAUGCAAGGAACCUGUAUAAGCUCAGGAUAGGAGAGUACAACGGCACCGCCGGCGACUCUCUGAGCUACCACCAGGGACGACCCUUCUCCACAAAAGACAGGGACAACGACAUCGCUGUCACUAAUUGUGCCUUGUCGUACAAAGGAGCCUGGUGGUACAAGAACUGCCACCGUGCCAACCUAAACGGGAAGUACGGCGAGUCCAGACACAGUCAGGGAAUUAACUGGUACCACUGGAAAGGUCACGAGUUCUCAAUUCCCUUCGUGGAGAUGAAGAUGAGGCCGUUCAACUUCCGUAGCAUCGGCAGCAAGAGGAGGCGGUCGGCGCCCGUAUAGGCUCCCGUUUGAGCCACCGCCCAAGCUGAGAGGCAGAGACGGAUUGAGUUCGGAUGACUGUUUUGAUCAGCCUUCGUCAAUGAAAAGAAAUGUUUUAUAGAAGAGAAUCUGUGACUCGUGCGUUCUUUCCAUUUUCAAUUGGCAAAAGAAAAUCAGAAAAAUGUAAAAGUUUUCUUUUAAAUGAACUAAAAAAAAAAAACCAAGUAAUAUUUCAUAAUUAAAUUUAAGGCUAUGGCUAAUAUGAAAAAUCUGGCAUUUUUUUCUCGUUUUUGUUAUAGCACUAACAAAAUAACCAGUCGCUAUUUCAUGUUUGUUUUUAUUUUUCAUUGCCAAUUGAAUGUGGAAAGACCAAAUGAUACCUGGUUUUACGAGGCUUCUGUGACAAUAGGCCAUUUUAUUGAGCGUUAUGCUUUUUUGGUGAAAUUAAAGCAACACGUGUGACAGCAGCGAGCGUCUUAGGAAAACAUCAUUUGACAUCUGUUCGUCUCUGCCUCGCAUCCGCGUAGAGCCGUCUUUCCCUGCUGUCCUUCCUCCCAGGAGAUAAAGACACUGUAUGUAAUUUAUUCAACUCCUUGAAUGACUGACAAUUCUUCUGUUUUCUGUAAAAAACAAAACCCCAACAAAAAACAAUAAGGAUGUGCUCUUUUACCAUUAACAAUAAUAACACUUUUAACAACUAUGAAGGCCGUUACUGUAAGAUAUAUACAUAUAUUUUUAUAACUGAUAUUGUCACAAAAAGGUCCAUCGUAUUUGAUUUGAUGCCUUUUCAUUCUGAGAUUCAUGCAAACCCGACAGACAACACAAGCCUCUUUUACACAGGUUAUUUCCAGGUUGCUAUUGUGUACAAUCCGAGCAUUAUUCCAACUUUUGAGGUGUUAUCGGAGUCAUCUAAUUAUAGUGGUGCCUUGAGGUACAAGUUUAAUUCGUUCCGAGACCAUGCUCGUAACUCGAACCACUGGUAUAUGAAAUCAUCUUUCCCCAUUGAAAUGAACAGAAAUGCUAUCGAGCCCACCCAAAAAAAAAAACUAAAAACAUUUUUGCAUUGUGUUUUCUAAUGAAGAAAAUAGUACUUGAUAAUAUUGUACUUUAUAUAAACAUAUAGUAAUAACAAUUAAAUGUAAGGAAUUAAUCAGAUUUUUGCAUCUUGAAUAAUUUCUUUGUGAUUGUGCCGCUCCUGGUGUGUGUGCCUUGGCAAACUGGGGCCCGUGCUAUACAUAGAGACAGUCACAACUCCUCAGUGAGCUGCAGUAAUAUUUGUUGUUUUUUGCAAUAAAUAAUUGAUGCCUGUUAGUAUUAUAUGUCUACGUGUUGCUCCAUCGUUUGUGUUCAAAUAUCCGUCUUUGGCGUUUUGUAUUGUUCAAUAGCACUAAGCUAAAAUGACUUUCCUAAGGCAAAGCUAUGUGGUUGUUUUAAAAACACAAUGUGUAAUUCUCUUUAUUUUGUUUAAUUUGACAGUAAACUUCAACUGGGAGAGACAAUAAAUGGCUUGAAUCCUCUUUUUUUUCCACAUUUGCCAAACUGCUGUUUAUUGUGAGUUGAGUUCACUGCCACCAUACAGCGCUCGUAUCUCAAAUUUCUGCUUGCAUGGCAAAGCAAAAAUAGGCAGAACGACAGCUCAUAUUUUUUUGAAAUCUCCUAAAUUGCGUAACUCGUAUCUUCAGGCUCCACUGUACUAUAAGUUAGAACAGUGUUUCCCAACCUUUAUUGCGUCAAAGCACCCAUUUUACCUUAGAAAAAUCUCACGGCACACCACCAAACAAAAAUGAAACAAAAAAUAUGAACAUUGAAAUAACGAUGAUCUAGUCUGAAAUUUGUUGUUUGAAUGGCAACAAGUAGAUUUAUUUCUUCUGCUUGUCACUAUACGUCGCUGGCAUAGAUAGAUUAACAGAGAUACGUUGCUUGUAGUAAAGGAUAAAUCAUUUUCAUGAAAUUGAAUAAUUUUCCCGUAGCACAUCUUUUAGAGGGCUAGCUUUGCUAUCCUGCUUUGCUGGAUUCUGUGUAACGCUGGAAUGCAGCUGCAUUGGGGGAUCUCUGUGUAAAAGAUGUUAAAGACGAUAGGAACAUUCAAGGUUCACAAAGCAGUGCAGCUUCAUUAUGACCCAAUUUAUGAAUGUCUGACUGUUCCACUAUAGAAUACAGUAUUUGUGUUCAUUGUCAAUACAUUGAUUUUUUUUUUCUUCCUGUGUUCAUUUCCAUGUUCAUUUAAUUCACUUCGUUUGUUUCAUUGUUGCGUUGUAGUUUAGUUUCAAACAGACUAUGUGAGUGUUUUAUCUUGCUGUCGGGAUCAAAUGGUUUGCAUCUUUGGUAUUCACACCAUUUUAUGUGAAAAGAUAGAAACCAGUCAGUCAACAAAACGAGCAUCAACAAUGG